AGAGAUUAUUUCUUAUUGUCUGCAGGAAUGGUACCAGGAAUAUUCCAGAACAAACCUCCAGCCAGAUGAGACAUUCCACAGAGAACUGGACAGCCCUGAAGCCUGUGCCACGAACAGCAUUAAUUAACUCGCACACUCCGAAUACUGCAUCAGUGUUAACUAACACACUCACUCGUACCUCUGAGGGACCUUAGAACCGUCUUCCUCCCAUCGAUGGAAAGCACAAGUGUUCCCCAUGACCACUACAUUCUCCCUCCAUCCACAUGGAGACCCACAGAACUCGCUUAAAGCCUUAUUCCCCAAAAAACCUUAAAGUUCCGUGGCCAAUCAGGGAAGCUUGCAGACCAAUCAUGUGACAUGCACUAGGUCCGGGAACCUUCUUCUUCCAUGAAAUGCACCUCAUGACAUUUGCCUUGUGGUGGGUGACCCUGAAUGAUUCGGACUAGACAUGGAUUUGACAAACGGAGAACGGCGAUUGAAUGUUUCUAUGGGAGAUGAAUCAGAACUGAAUGUGAGGAUUUUAGCACUAAGGGACUUGUGUCUCUUCCUCCACAGUCUGAGGUAUUGUUUAACCAACAGAUAAAAGAUUAUAGUAAUAAACUAAUGCUGUUUUUAAACUAAAGCUGAUUUUUGCUGGAACCUUUGGACCUGUAGAGAGGCUUAUUUUUUCGUUAUAUAUAAAUAUAUAUACAUGCAGAUUAAACGUGUCAAAUGCAGCUGAGAGGCAAGUAUUUAAAAAUCUGUUUUAAUACAUCCACCGAUUUACUCAAUAUAGGCCGGUUUCCCAGGCACAUGUUCAUUUUGGACUGAUAAGUAUUAGAAAACCAGCCCUGGACCUUUCAGUUAAUUUAAACUUUUGUCUUGUCACAUAUGAAAAGUUCUUAUUUUCUUUUGUUUGGAGUCAGUAUGGUAAAGCUUAGAGUAUUUUGACAGACCGGUUCGGAUAAAAUCUAGUCAGAAUCUCAAAUUUUAUUCCACCGACAGUCUGAUCCGUUCAGCUUUCCAGGGUAAACGCAGAUCUGUCUCCAAACCGAAAAUUUCCUUUGUGUAAGACCAUAGGUGAAAAAGUGAUACCAAUUAGCCUUGCUUAUGGCUUUAUGCACUGUACGUUAAAACUGUUAUUUAUCUAUUUACAUUGAGUUAAACAUCUCUCCUGUUCGCUGCACCAUUUUAUAAUUUAUUAGUCAUUUUCUUGAUGCUUUUUUAACAGGGUGAAUGCAUGCAAAUCCUCAUAAAUUGUUUACUCUCAUGUCUAUAGAGUAUCUAGCCUGGAGGUAAUCGGGGAUGUCAGUGAUUUCAUUCCAGUUGCUUGUUUAAUCGCACUGUAGGAUGUGCAACCUUGAUGCUCCAAACACAAGGGAACAUGAUGCAUAUGUGACAUGAAACCACACCAGCUCCUCUAUUACUGACAGCAGGAGACACUACAGAGUCAGAUCGUAGAGCAGGGAACACGAGGGUCCUGUCCCUGUCUGUUGUAUAAAACCAUCAUGAAAAUUACAUACAUGAAAAUACAGCAGAUGAAUCUAAGACAUGGCAAAGAAUUAAAAGUAUUUAAAACCAUAGAUGAAACGCAGAGAAGCCUCUAGUCUGUAGCCUGACUGAUGAACUGCCAACCUGAGAUGGAUAAGCCACCACAUUUUGGGAAUGACCCAAAGACAAAUGAACCAAAGCUCCAGAACUAUCCAGAGUGAACAAGACACAACAAGACUCACAGUGUGAGAAGGAAGUGUUUGAGAAGAGGGACAUGUUUCAGUGAUGGAGGAUGGAUAUGGAUUUGAAACUUCAGAACUCCCGUUCCUGAAUCAUCCUGCAUAAUCAACACCAUGGAAACAGAAUCUACCUAUAACCUGACUGCACCCACUGUGUCUUUGUUGCACCAUAACAUGACAAACUCAUGUGACUACAUAUCCACCUCAGCCUCGCAGUACCAGAAGAAAGUGAUCCCCACUUUGUACAGCCUCAUUUUCCUGCUAGGUUUUCUUGGUAACAUGCUGGUGGUGUGCGUGUUGUAUCACAGUUCAGGCCGAAGGACGGUAGCCAACACGUAUCUGAUGAAUCUAGCCAUGUCGGACUUGCUGUUCCUGAGCUCUUUGCCAUUCUGGGCUGUUUACUAUUCACUGGAUUACAACUGGGUUUUUGGGAAGGUCAUGUGUAAGCUGUGUGGAGGUCUGGUAACGAUAAACGUCUACGCUAGUAUAUUUUUCAUCACCUGUAUGAGUGUGGAUCGCUAUCAUGCCAUCGUCUACCCACUGCGCUCUCAGAGCAGCAGGAGCAUAAAUCAGGCCAGAUGUGUCAGUGGCAUCAUUUGGCUCGUGGCGGCUUUGACGACAUUGCCGACAGUUGUGUUCCGUGACAUACACACUUUUCCCAGUAACAACGUUACGGCUUGUGUCAUUUAUUUCCCCAACUCCAACUGGCAGACCGGGUUGACUCUUGGAAAGAACACCCUGGGAUUCUUCUUGCCAUUUGUCGUCAUUGCAACCUGCUACAGCCGAAUCGCCGUGCACCUUCUGGCAACCCCAAACUACUUGGAGCAAGGCUCCACCCGACUGGUCCAUGUGUUGGGUAUGGUGGUCGCUGUGGUAUUGGCGUUUUUCUUUUGCUGGUUCCCAUUCCACGUUCUGGCAUUCCUCGGAGCUCUGGGGGAGCUGGGAGUGGAUUGGGAUUGCUGGGUGCUUCAAGUGAUCCAUAAACUCCUGCCGUUCUUCCUCUGCCUCGGCUUUUCCAACUCUGCCAUAAACCCUUUCCUGUACUGUUUUGUGGGAAAUCACUUCCGAGAGAAGCUGUGGCAGUUUUACGGGGAUAUGCUGACGCAGAAAAGAGAUUCCAUCAGCACGAGACUGUCUUCCUUCUCCAGGAAACUGAGUGACCUCAAAGAAACCGUGCCUAUGGAGAUUCUUGAGCAGCAGAGCAGCGCGUAGUGGAAUCUGGUGAAUCUACAACCUUAUAACUGCAGAGGACGGUGUCGGUCAAGUGCUUUUCCAUGGACUGCCACUUGUUUGGGAUGAUCAGUUCAGAUGUUGUUGUUGGUUGCUAUAAUUGUGUUUGUGUCGCUGUGUCUUGUUUCUAAUUACGCAGUGGUUUUGAUUAGCUCCAGCAUCUAUAAACAACAUUUGGUUACAUAUCAGUGUGUAGAAAUAUAGCCCACAUAUUAUUCUUUGAUCAGACUUUACCCAGGAUGAGGAAUUUUCUGCACAAAUCAUAGAUAAUAAAUAAUAAAAAAAAUAAAUGAAGGUUUUUGAUUACAGCUGUACAGUCUUAAUAUUUGGAUUACUGGUAAUAUCAGAGUUGUAUAUAACACUCAAAUGUUAGACAAUGUUAAUCAUGUCUUAUAUGGCUGAAAUCUGCCAGACGGACUAAAACUCUAUCUUUUAACCGUAAUAUACAAAGUCACAAAAAUGCAACAUGAGCUGUUAAAAUAAUAAACCAUUGUAAAUUGAAUUAUAAUUCUAUUAUAAUGGAGCAUCAAUAAAUGAUGCAAGUAUA